AUGCAGGACAUUUUCGGAUCAGUUAGGCGGUCGCUGGUGUUCAAAUCCACCACGACGACUUCAGUGGACGACGGCGGAGGAGGGUUCAGUGGAUUCGUGGAGAAGAUUGGCUCCAGCAUUCGGAAAUCGCGAAUCGGCCUCGCGCUUCCUUCGCCCAGUGGUAGAAAGGGCGAUGCCGAUGCGCCUUCGAUACGAUGGAGGAAGGGGGAAUUGAUUGGUUGUGGUGCGUUUGGUAGGGUUUACAUGGGGAUGAAUCUCGAUUCCGGUGAGCUCCUCGCUGUUAAGCAGGUUUUGAUUGCUGCCACCAGUGCUUCCAAGGAGAAAACCCAGGCUCACAUUAGAGAGCUGGAAGAAGAAGUCAAGUUACUGAAGAACCUUUCCCAUCCCAACAUUGUGAGAUAUCUGGGAACUGUUAGAGAAGACGACUCACUGAAUAUCCUCUUAGAAUUUGUUCCCGGCGGGUCCAUUUCAUCCCUUUUGGGGAAAUUUGGUUCCUUUCCCGAGUCGGUGAUCAGAAUGUAUACAAAACAGCUGUUACUGGGACUUGCAUACCUUCACAACAAUGGUAUUAUGCAUAGGGACAUCAAGGGGGCGAACAUUCUUGUAGAUAACAAGGGUUGCAUUAAACUUGCCGACUUUGGAGCUUCCAAGAAAGUUGUUGAACUGGCUACUAUAAAUGGAGCCAAGUCGAUGAAGGGAACUCCAUAUUGGAUGGCACCGGAAGUUAUCCUCCAGACAGGACACAGCUUCUCUGCUGAUAUAUGGAGUGUUGGAUGUACGGUCAUCGAGAUGGCUACAGGAAAGCCCCCAUGGAGCCAGCAAUAUCAAGAGGUUGCUGCUCUCUUCCAUAUCGGGACGACCAAAUCGCACCCCCCAAUUCCUGAACAUCUCUCUGCUCAGGCUAAAGAUUUUCUAUUAAAAUGUUUACAGAAGGAACCAAACUUUAGAGCCACUGCAUCAGAUUUGCUGCUGCAUCCAUUUGUCACUGAGGAUUAUAACGAAUCUACUCCUCAACUCCGCAGUUCACUCAGGGAAUCAAGAAAUUUGAUGACGAGCACUAUGAACCUUAGGAACUCCAUAAACCCUUCAAUCAGAAGAUCGACCUGUGGAGGCUUAAAGGAUGUUGGUGACAUGGGUGGCAAUAUGAGGUCCUCAAUAAUAUAUCCUGAGAGCACAUCAGGAUCUGGUUCAUACUGGCAUGGCACUUCUAGUUUAGAUGAUGAUAUGUGCCAGAUAGAUGAUAAAGACGAUUUCAUGGUUGUUAGGACAUCGUCGAAGUUCAAGUCUGUCUUUUCUUCUACAGACUUAAACAAGAGUUUCAAUCCAAUGUGUGAGCCAACUGAUGAUUGGCCGACAAUGUCACAUGGAAGUUCAGAAGUGAGGAGAAGCGAACUCCGUUCUAGCCAAUUUAUCAAUGAGGUCGCCAGUAGCAGCCUUGAACUGUCUGGCAAGGAAGGGAAUGAGUUUGCAUUUCCUGGUGGCCCAUUGGGAACUGAGGAUGAUGAAGAACUUACAGAGUCGAAAAUCAGGGCCUUCUUGGAUGAAAAGGCUUUAGAUUUGAAGAAGCUUCAAACGCCUCUGUACAAGGAGUUCUACAGCACAUUGACUGCUAAUGAUCCUCCACCAAGAGUAGCCGGAAAGAAGAACUAUGAGAAUAUGAGGAAUUCUUCAAUCUCCUUAUUACCCCCGAAAAGCAAGUCUCCAAAACAGCUGCCACCGAGCAGAAGACUUUCUUCAGUUGUUGAUGCUCCGACUAGCAGUAGUCCUGGUAUGACUGCAAGUUACAGGGCAAAUGAUAACAGCAUCAUCCACUCUCGAGCUCUACAGGAAAUUCAACCCCCUCAAAUCAGCGAGUGGAAAACGGGCAUCCUUAACGGGGAGCAGCAGGAACCAAUCACUCCAAGCUUCUCUGAGAGGCAAAGAAGGUGGAAGGAGGAGCUUGAUGCAGAGCUCGAACGGAAACGAGAGAUGCUACGUCAAGCUGGUGUGAGCCCGAAGACAUCUUCUCCAAAGGACCACGUUCUUAAUCGACAAAGAUCAGAAAGAAUGAGAUAUCCAUUCCCGGGCAAGUAGGAGCCUUUAUGCACAUUCUUCUCUCAAGAAGCCUGAAGCUUUUUCUCCAUUCGUGGAGUACUGCUGCUCCUGCUUUUGUAUUUAGUAACCUCACAGAAAUGUUGGCCGACGGGGUUUCGGUUGUCCUUGUCUGGUAAGAUAAAGGCUGCACCAACCUUUGUUGCAGAAGGCUGCACCAGGCUGCCUGCCUCAUUGUGUAGUUUCAGCACAGAAGAGCUGGCCGGGAGGGGUAAUAUUUGUAUGCGUAUUUUCUCUCUACCUUGUUGAGAUGGGAUCUGGAAAACCAUAUACAUAAUAUAAAUGAAGUUUUGGAGCUCAAUGAUCCUGUGUUUCAUCUUUUCAAGUCGAAUGUUCUCUACCCAUUUUAUAGACACGCCCAAUUUAGUGAUGCCCAUAUCAAGA